GGAGAAUUUCAUUCACUUCAGGUUAGGACUCCUGUUGGAGCAACGAGAGGGACGCGGCCGCUUCUGUCGACCAAAACUCGCUGGAAAAUAAAUUAUCCCGCCGCUCUUCUGGAUACAAACACAGUCGGCUGUAAAGAGUCCCGCCGGACCGCAGAGAGGCUCCCGGACCGGUGAAUCCGGUCGCAGUGAUUGAUCCCGAUCGAACCGUGCGUUUGGACGCGUAAACGUGAGUGCGUGAUCCGUUCGGACUCGCGCACAGUCACAGGUUGCUAGCGGAGUUUACGCUAACCGAGGCUAGCAGAGUUAGCAGGCAGCGGGACUUAAGAGCCGCUUCUCCCGGAUUCUGGGACUGCUACCCGCCGGGGUUAACCGUAGAAACCCGGCCAGACUUUCCCGGAGAGAGUGCUGGAGGCUCUAGCCAUGAUGUGUUGUUGUUCCGGGCGUUUAUCCAGCUGGCCGCCCGGUAGCAUCGGAUGAGUGCAGCGCAACGGCAGUUGGUGUUUUUUCCUCCGUUUGUUUAAAAGCUGGACUUUGGCUCCUGAGUUGCAACCCAGUCGCCUCUGCUGGAUGAAAACCAGCUAUUGACUCUAUUGGAGCGGGAUUCGAAACACUUUUUCUGUUUGCUUGCGUUUACUGGAAGAGCUAGAAGAAAAGUUUAGUGUUUGGAGGAUUUUUCCGAAGCGUGUGGAAAAAUGGAUGCGGGUAUAGAGAAGGAAUGCAGCGCCUUGGGAGGGCUUUUCCAGAUCAUCAUGAGCGACAUGAAGGCCAGCUAUCCCACCUGGGAGGAUUUCGUCUCCAAAGGAACCAAGCUGCAGACCCACCUCAGGACGACCCUCCUGCUCACCGGAGCCUUCCUGGACGCCUUCCAGAAAGUGGCGGACAUGGCGACCGGGACCAGAGGUGCCACCAAGGAGAUCGGCUCAGCGCUCACCAGGAUGUGCAUGAGGCACCGCAGCAUCGAAUCCAAGCUCAAACUGUUCACCACAGCGCUGUCAGAAAGUCUCAUUGUACCUCUGGAGUUAAAGAUGGAGGAGUGGAAGAAAGCGGCGAGCCAGCUGGACAAAGACCAUGCCAAAGAGUACAAGAAGGCCAGAGCCGACAUCAAGAAGAAAUCCUCAGACACCAUCAAGCUGCAGAAGAAAGUGAAGAAAGGGAAGGGCGACGCUCGCGGCCAGCUGGACUGCGCCCUGCAGGACGUCAACACGCGCUACGUCGCGCUGGAGGAGACGGAGAAACGGGCUGUGUGCCGCGCCUUGGUGGAAGAACGAUCUCGCUACUGCAGCUUUGUCAGCAUGCUGAAGCCGGUCCUGGACCAUGAGAUCAACAUGCUGGGCGAAGUGACCCACCUGCAGACCAUCCUGGAGGACCUGAGCGUUCUGACGGCUGAACCUACCAAGCUGCCGGCCGCCAGCGAACAGGUGAUUUUGGAUCUGAAAGGUUCGGACUUUAACUAUACCUACCAGACCCCUCCCGGUUCCCCUGGCAACAUGUCCAGGAAGAGCAGCAUCAGCAGUUACCAGUCAGGGUCGGUGAGGCACGUUCCCUCGUUGGACUCCAUCAGCUGCGCUGUGGAUGGCGUUCACCUGCAGCCUGCCGCCCCUUACCCGCUGUACGGCUGUGAUGAAGGUGGGCGGUCCCUCAGCGAGGGCAACUCCCCCUCCUGCCUGAAUCGCCAUGGCAACCACAUCCCUGUCACCAGCUACAGGCGGCGUGGCGCUCAGAGCCGCCGGGUUAGCCGCCUAGACAUGAGCGCCGUGAGGAUUACAGAAGCAGUGGUUACCACCCAGCCACCUGCAGGGAGCGCAGAAAAUGGCCUGCUGGCCCCACCCCACGGCGCCUACAUCCAUCAGCACGGCGAGCGAGCCAGAGCCAUGUCAGCGUCUGGGAAGUCGUGCUCGGCGCGGGAUCAGCUGGCUUUGACGUUGGGUGCGUUGAAUUCGGACGCCCCGAGGAGCAGCAGGGACUCUCUGCACUGUUCGAGCGGCUACAGCACCCAGACCACCACGCCGUCCUGCUCCGAGGACACCAUCCACACGCACACCGACUACGAGUCGAUCUCUCUCCACGGAGACGCUGACUCCGCCCCCUUCCACCAGCUGUACGGCAGCCGCUCCGACCUGGACAAGUCCUCCACCCUCCCCAGGAACUCGGACCUGCGCUUCCAGUUCAGAGACUUGGCCCAUUCCAAGCGGCCGACCUCCACCGUCAGCCUGCUGGCCGACGGUGAGCCGAGUAGCGGCGGCCAUCAGCACGCCGUUCACACUGCCACCAUCCGCCGCAAGCCGUCCUCCAAGCUGGCGUAUCGCCGCGGCACCAUCAGCGGCGGCGUGCCCAUCCCUAUCAGCACGCCGCAGGUCCCGCUGUGGGCCGGCGACGACGGCGUGUUUAGGGCGCCCCCCGCUGGCGGCUUGGGCCACAGCAUGCUGUGCACCUCCACCCAGAGCCUCGUCUCCCUGCCUUCCUCCUCCUCCUCCUCCUCGCCGUACUACCAGUUCGUUCCGGGUCACAUGCCCGUCCCCGCCGUGCCACCUCUGCCACCAGGGGGCGGCAGCAUCAGGCAGCAGCAGCAAAGGCUGCAGCUGCAGCAGCAACAGCUGCAGCAACAGAACCAGCAACAACAGUUUCAGCAACAAAAUCAACUGCAGCAACAUGCACAGCUGCAGCAACAGAGCCAACAGCUGCAACACAAUCAGCUGCAGCAACCGCAGCAACAUAACGAGAAACAUGCACAGCUGCAGCAACAGAGCCAACAGCUGCAGUUGCAGCUUCAAAACCUGCAUCUCCAUAAUCAGCAGCUGCAGCAUCAGCAGCAGUACUGCCCAGCUGCAGCAAUCCCACCGCCCGUCUCCAACCAGCAGGACGCUGCAGGCGCCGACAUGCUGACGCUCAUCAGGAAGGUGAAGCUGAAAAGAACCCUGACCAACGACCGCUCGGCCCCUAUGCUGCCGCCGCCGCCACCGGGCCUCUGAGGCUGCAGCAGCAUCACGCAGCAUCGUGCCACGACGGCUCCUCUUCCUCUGACAGAGGUCCAUGUUCGCGUUCUGACCUGCAGCUCGGUUCAGACUCCCGUUUCCAUAGUUACUGCAAAACAAACCGUUCGGGUCGCGGAUCCCUUGUUGGGCCGGGUGCGUUUGAUUCGUUGCCUGCAGACUUCCAGCUGGGCGGGGCUUAACAAGCUCCUCUGUUUCAUAGUUGGUCCUGCUGUGACGUAUAGUUGGUACCGGACCGGGUCACAGGUCCGAUUCCCCCCCAGCUAAAACCAGACUGUUUCCAUGGAAACAACUAAAUUUGUUAAUGAAGACGAAUGUUGGCUUCACUGUAAACAAUCAGAAGGUUCCAAGCAGGAUGGAAGUUCUGCUGUUAGCCUGUUAGCGUAGCGGUUAGCAUAGCGGUUAGCAUAGCUGGCUAUGAUGAGCAGCUCCAACACGACAGGAAGGCAGAUUCUGACCUGAUUUAUCUCGUAUUCCUGAGAAAAUAGUUUUUUAAAAUCCAAAACUGAAUUCUUGUAGAUAAUUCAGAGAAAUAUUUUACUCUGUAAAGGUUAUUUUGUUAAAUUAAGAUAAUAAUGUACCAAAAACAUGUUUUGGGUUUAA